AUGGUCUCCUUCACCUACCUUCUCGCCGCUGUCUCGGCCGUCACUGGCGCCGUCGCUGCUCCCAACCCUACCAAGGUUGAUGCUCAGCCUCCUUCCGGUCUUCUUGAGAAGCGCACCAGCCCUACAACUGGUGUCAACAAUGGCUUUUACUUCUCCUUCUGGACCGAUACCCCCAGCGCUGUCACCUACACCAACGGCAACGGUGGUCAGUUCAGCAUGAACUGGAACGGCAACCGUGGUAACCACGUCGGUGGUAAGGGAUGGAACCCCGGUGCUGCUCGCACCAUCAAGUACUCUGGUGACUACCGCCCCAACGGCAACAGCUACCUCGCUGUUUACGGCUGGACCCGCAACCCUCUCGUUGAGUACUACAUCGUCGAGAACUUCGGCACCUACAACCCCUCUUCCGGUGCUCAGAAGAAGGGUGAGAUCAACAUCGAUGGAUCCAUCUACGACAUUGCUGUCAGCACUCGCAACUGUGCUCCUUCCAUCGAGGGUGACUGCAAGACCUUCCAGCAGUACUGGUCCGUCCGCCGCAACAAACGAUCCAGCGGAUCCGUCAACACCGGUGCUCACUUCAACGCCUGGGCCCAGGCUGGUCUCCGCCUCGGAAGCCACGACUACCAGAUCCUUGCUGUUGAGGGUUACCAGAGCUCUGGCCAGGCUACCAUGACUGUCUCUGGAUAAAUGCUUCGAUAGCAUGAUCAGUUUCCGGAGUCUUUGGAGCUGAAGACCAAUGUCAAUUGGCUGGUUACUCUCAAGAUGUGAAUAUGAAUUCCCGGAAGGACCUUUGACCAAGGCUUUAUGGUUAUUAGGCUGGACUUGUAGCUGGACUUCACGCAGGACCUGUCUCUAUUUCAAUGUACAUAACUUCAUUUUCAAUGAAUAUACAACCUCAGUCGGCUUGCCCGGCUUUCUUGCU